GGCUUUAACUGCUCGCCGCGCAUGCGUUGCUGCCUUUUCCCCCUUCUCAGGCGAUAGCGAUCAUGGCGGAAGCAAAAGAGAAGAAAGUGCCAUCUGUGCCUGAAAGCCUUUUGAAAAAGCGCCAGGCGUUUGCACUAAUGAAGGCCAAGCGCAUCAAGCGUUUGUUAAUAGAAAAGAAGAUAAAUCGAGAGAAGAGAAAACUAAUCUACAAGAGGGCUGAAAGUUACCACAAGGAGUACAGACAAACGUACAGACGUGAGAUCCGCCUUGCCAGAAUGGCACGUAAAGCUAAUAAUUACUACGUACCUGCGGAACCCAGACUAGCUUUUGUGAUCCGUAUUAGGGGCAUCAAUGGUGUUAGCCCUAAAGUCCGCAAGGUGCUUCAACUCCUACGACUGCGUCAGAUCUUCAAUGGAGUGUUUGUGAGACUAAAUAAGGCUUCAAUCAACAUGCUCCGUAUUGCAGAGCCAUACAUUGCAUGGGGAUAUCCAAAUCUGAAAUCUGUUCGUGAAUUGAUCUACAAACGUGGGUUUGGAAAAAUUAAACAUCAGCGCAUCGGUCUCACUGACAACUCAUUGAUUGAAAAGAAGCUGGGAAAAUAUGGCAUCAUUUGUAUUGAGGAUCUGAUCCAUGAGAUCUACACAGUAGGAAAGAACUUCAAAAUGGCCAACAAUUUCUUAUGGCCCUUCAAGCUAUCUUCACCACGUGGUGGCAUGAACAAAAAGACAACACACUUUGUUGAGGGUGGUGAUGCUGGUAACAGAGAAGACCAAAUCAACAGGAUGAUCAGAAAAAUGAACUAAAGGUAAACCACAGCUGUGAAAUUGCCAUCGUGUUCUGUUAAAUAAAGAAAUUAUUUGCACAGUAA